CGGUGACCGGUCCUGCCCAGAGAGUGGUCCUGCCCGGAGACCUGUCCUUGCCGGUGACCGGUCCUGCCCAGAGACUGGUCCUGCCCGGAGACCUGUCCUUGCCGGUGACCGGUCCUGCCCAGAGAGUGGUCCUGCCCGGAGACCUGUCCUUACCGGUGACCGGUCCUGCCCAGAGACUGGUCCUGCCCGGAGACCUGUCCUUGCCGGUGACCGGUCCUGCCAGAGAGUGGUCCUGCCCGGAGAGUGGUCCUGCCCGGUGACCGGUCCUGCCCGGAGAGCGGUCCCGCCCGGUGACGGUUCCCGCCGUGCUCCGAGGAUGCCUCGCGGCUUCCUGGUGAAGCGGCACAAGCGGCCCACGCCGGCCUCCUACCGCAUCCGCUGCUGCCAACUGGGGGAGCGGGCCCCGCCGCCCCCGGCCAGCGGGUCCUCGCCUCCGCCGUCGCCCCCGGCCCCGGCCCACGCGGCCCCGCCGAGGCCCGUGCAGUUCGGGAACCCCGAGGCCCUGGCCCCGGGGCCGCUGGCCAGCCCCACGCGGCCCGUCAGCCGGGACCACGACAGGAAGAAGUGCCUGGAGCGGGGCUUGGAGCUGGGCUCCCCCGUGUCGGCCGAGUCCUUCCCCGGCCCGGGGCCCGGGGCCCCGGGCAGCGGCGACCCCAAGAUGGGCACCUCGGCCCCGUUCGCCCCGUCGGGGCCCGCCCCCAGGCCCCCGGGCAAGAGGCCCCCGGCGGGCGAGGGGCCCAGGCCCGGCAAGGCCCCGGCCGCCAAGAAGCCCAAGGCCAUCCGCCGGCUGCACUUCGAGGACGAGGUGACCACCUCGCCCGUGCUGGGCCUGCGGAUCAAGGAGGGCCCCCCGGGGGAGACGGCCAGGGCGCGGGCCGGCGGGCAGGCCCCGGCCCCGGCCGGGGCGGCCGUCGGAGGGGCCGGACGGCCGCUGGGCGAGUUCAUCUGCCAGCUGUGCAAGGAGGAGUACGCCGACCCCUUCGCCCUGGCCCAGCACAAGUGCUCCCGCAUCGUGCGGGUGGAGUACCGCUGCCCCGAGUGCGACAAGGUCUUCAGCUGCCCGGCCAACCUGGCGUCGCACCGCCGCUGGCACAAGCCGCGCCCGCCCGGCGGGGCCGGGGGGCAACCCGGGCAACCCGGGCCCCCCGAGCCCGGGAGGGACCGGGACACCCCCAGCCCCGGGGUGUCCGAGUCGGGCUCCGAGGACGGCCUCUACGACUGCCACCACUGCGGCAAGAAGUUCCGCCGCCAGGCCUACCUGAGGAAGCACCUGUUGGCCCACCACCAAGCCCUGCAGGGCAAGGCCCGGCCUCCGCAGCCCGGGCCCGAGGCCCCUGCGGCCGACGAGGCCGACGGGGAGGGCCCCCCCGACGAGUGCCACCCGUGCCCGGUGUGCGGGGAGGCCUUCCCCACCGGGGCCGGCCAGGAACGCCACCUGCGCCUGCUGCACGCCGCCCAGGUCUUCCCCUGCAAGUACUGCCCUGCCACCUUCUACAGCUCCCCGGGCCUCACCCGCCACAUCAACAAAUGCCACCCGUCCGAGAACCGCCAGGUCGUUCUGCUCCAGGUGCCCGUCCGCCCCGCCUGCUAGGGCCCGUCGGGGCCCGUCGGAAGAAAAAAGUAGGGGAAAAA